AUGCUUACGUCUGUCCAGCCUCGACCUGACGUCCUUGGCCCUCGUGCCCCCUUAAUCACCUUUCAAAAGGGGGAGCUGUUUCCUUUCAGCAGGGAUGAACAGAAACCUGUGCCUGCUCUCCCGUUAAGACAGAGGCUUCCCGCCAAAGCAUGGGAUACACAUAUGCAUGUGGUUGAGCCACAUCGAUUUCCAGUUGAUGCAAGUGCAGUAUAUCAACCCUCAACACACACUAUCGAGGAGGCUCUAGCGUUCGAGUCUUCCCUAGGGAUCGAGAAUAUCGUCCUUGUUCAACCAUCAAUAUACGGAUAUGACAAUUCCUGUCUUCUCGAGGCACUCAGGCGUAUCGGUCCUUCUCGCGGGCGAGGGGUGGUGGUGAUUGAUCCGAUGAAUAUAGAUACCCAAACAUUAUCCGAAUGGCAUUCGUUAGGCGUACGUGGAGUACGAGUGAACUUGAGAUCAGUAGGGAAAGUGAUGGGCCAGGACGAGCUGGCACAAACGCUAUUGCAACAUGCGGAGAUUGUCCGUCCUUUCGGCUGGGCUAUUCAAGUCUACGUCCCCCUCGAUAUGAUCCCACUACUCGAGCCUAUUGUCCCACAGCUUGGUGUCAAACUCUGCAUCGACCACUUUGGUGGCCCAGACCUACUAUCUACGAGCUGGAAAGAUAGUGCCUCGUUCGAUCCCUACUCGCUGCCCGGAUUUUCAUCCCUGGUAUCCCUCCUCCGAGCGGGAGACACAUAUGUGAAAAUCUCCGCACCAUACCGGCUCAGCAAGGACCAUGAAAUGCGAGACAUUGAGAUGAUGGCCCGAGAACUCCUCCGAGAGGCCCCGAACUGCGUGCUUUUCGCGACAGAUUGGCCACAUACGCGAUUUUGGGGGACCGAUAUCGCCCCGUUCACGGAACUGUGCCUACGGGUUCCGACGUGGUUCGAUAGUCUGGGCUAA